AUGCGAAUACCAUGCGGGAAUCACCGAAACUGCACCGCGUUUAAGAAGCUAGUUGAAAGAUUCAUUAAAAUAGGGAUUGUAAGGUUUGAUGAUCCAGCCGUACCCAAUGUAGCAGGAAACCCGCUCCCCAAUCAUACCUACCAAGGAGUAAAUAGGAUAAUCGAAUGCAGAAGUAAGAAGACGAAAUAUAAGGUUGCAGAGGUUAGGACCCCAUUGAGACAUGUGUGGAAGGAUAUGGUCAAGAGAGGAUUGAUCGUGUCGGAUUUGAGAGAGGAAUCUGAAGAAGAGAUGAUUUGCUGUGAGUUCCACAAUGAGGUGGGGCAUGAAAUUCAAGAGUGUGUGGAGUUCAGAGCCCCGGUACAGGACAUGAUGAAUAAUAGAGAAAUGGAGUUUUAUGAAGAAACCGAAAACCCCAGAGAGGGAGAUAUAUGCGCGUCAAAGAGAGAAUCAACGGUGCAGAACCAAACAGUUAACUACCCCGUGGUCAUCAUAUCACGACCCAAAACUAAUGAAGUGGGAGUGCAAAUGCCACCGAAGGUCAAAAUCCAAAGACCUGCAGUCUUCCCCUAUAAAGACAUUAAGAGGGUCUCAUGGAAUUACCAUUGUAACGUGACGAUCCCAGGAAAAGAGGACCUAGCUGACGCUUCAAAAGAGGACCAAGAUAUAGGCUCCUAUACGCGUAGUGGGAGGCGCUACGAUUCAGCAAACGAGAAAGCAGAACCCUUAAAAGGAAAAGCCAUAGUGGUCGAACAGAACAAGGAAAAAACGGCCAAAUCUGAACUUCUUGUUAAUGAGCCGGUCAACGAAGAAGAGGCUAAGGAGUUUUUAAAAUUUCUAAAGCACAGUGAGUACAGUGUGGUGGAACAACUACGUAAGCAACCAGCUCGUAUCUCGGUACUGGCCUUACUCCUAAGUUCGGAAGUCCAUCGCAGCGCGCUAAUGAAAGUUUUGAAUGAAACGUAUGUUACUAAUGAUAUCUCCAUCAACAAGCUAGACUUAGUUAGCAACAUAAGUGCCAAUAACUUUAUAUUCUUCAACGACGACAAGAUACCACCCGAUGGCAUGGGGUCAACUAAAGCUUUACAUAUCACCACACAUUGUAAGAGAUAUACGCUACCAGGAGUACUGAUUGACAACGGGUCGGCCUUGAACGUCCUACCAUUGUCCACACUAAACAGAUUACCUGUAAACAGCUACCACAAGAAAGAGUGCCAGAAUAUAGUGAGGGCAUUCGAUGGUACGGAGAGAAGGGUGAUGGGCAAAAUUGAGAUACCUCUUCUGAUUGGGCCAAACAAAUAUGAGGUGGAUUUCCUGGUGAUGGAUAUCAAGCCUUUAUGUAACCGCCUAUUGGGGAGGCCCUGGAUACAUUCAGCUGGGGCAGUGCUUUCAUCGUUGCAUCAGAAGUUGAAGUUAGUAUUAGAGGGGCAGUUGAUAAUGAUAAAUACUGAAGAGGAUAUAAUUGCAACUGUAAGCAGUGAUGCACCCUAUUUGGAGACAAAUGACGAAGCAAUCGAAUGCUCAUUUCGGUCUUUAAAAUUUGUUAAUGUAACAUUCAUUACUGAGGGGAGCAAAAUUCUAACGCUGAAAUUAUCCAAAACUACAAGGAUGAGUCUACAGUUGAUGGUUGGAAAAGGAGCUCUACCGGGAAGAGGACUCGAGAGACAUCUCCAAGGAAGGGUUGAAACUUUAGUAUUAAAGGACAAGAGAGACCGCUUCGGCUUAGGAUUUAAGCCGGAUGUGAGACAAAGGAAAAAAGAGCUGGAAAAGAAACAAGAAAGAAAGAGAGCGCGGUUAACGGGGGAGGAAAUCAAAUGGGAGCCAAAUAUAUUCCCUUAUAUAUCGAAAACUUUUGUGUCCGAAGGAAUCAUUCAUCCCGAGUGGGGCACGCCAAGAAAGGAAGCCAUAGAAGAAAAGUUGGAAAACUUAGACAUCAAUGCCACAUAUGAAGAAGGGGCUGAGGGAGAAAAUUUAUCAAGCAUUUGCCCCUACAUACCUGGAACUGUUCUAGAUAACUGGAUUACGGAAGAGAUUCCUGUCCCCAGAUAUCAAUGA